AUGUCUAUUAGGAGUGGAAGGCAAACUAAUGCUUGGAGUGACAAUUGGUGCCCGUUUAGUCCUCUUCGGUCUUUUAUCUCGCCUAGAGCGAUUGCGAAUGCUGGUUUCACUCUUUCUUCUAUGGUUGCUGAUCUUGUGGCGGAUGAUAAUGGUCAAUGGUUGUGGCCCGAGGCUUGGUAUGACACAUAUCCGGUCCUUAUAAAUAUUGACACGCCACAAAUUUUAGCUGAUGAACAUGAUCGGCUAGAGUGGAAAGAUCUGGAUGGUAAUCUUCAGCAUUUUGAAACGAAGGAGGUGUGGAAUAGUUUACGGAAUAGAGAGGAUAAGGUUUUAUGGGUUAAAUCGGUUUGGUUCGCUCAAUGCAUUCCUAGACAUUCAUUCCACUUGUGGCUUGUUAUCAAAAACAAGCUAAAGACCCAAGACAGGUUGACCGUUUGGGAAGCUGGCAGUGCUACUAACUUACAGCUUAUGUGCUGUCCAUUAUGUAAAUGUGAUCGUGACUCUAGAGAUCAUCUCUUCUUCCAAUGUCAAUUCUCAUCGGAGGUUUGGGGAUCGGUUAGAAAAUACGUUGACAUGGGGGGUGUGCUGAACAACUGGACGUCGAUUAUUCAAUGGAUGGAGCGUGUUUCUGAUUCUAGAACGCUUGAGCAUAUUAUCUGCAAGAUCCUGGUUGCGGCUACCACGUAUUUUAUUUGGCAGGAAAGAAACAACCGUCUUUUUUCUGCUCUUGUUCGAAAUGCUGAGGCUCUCUCAAAGAUCAUCAUUGAUACGGUUCGGCUUAGAAUUAUGGGAUUCAAGGUGAGUGGGGAACCAAAGUAUGACAACAUUCUGGAAAGGUGGCUGAUCUCGAAGAAUAUGGCUUUGGAGCCGGGCUAA